CCGUUUACUUGUUUUCAAAACCUGCUACUCUCUUAACUAUACUAUUGCACCUCAACUCAACUCCUUUUCAACUUCACCCCUUAUAUAUAUAUAUAUAUAUAUAUCAUUUUGGACUUCAUUUCUUUUUAAACCUCUAAGCAGCUCCAUGAGAGCGGUGACUAUGUCGUCUCUGUCAUCAUCUUCUUUAUGCAAGAAGAAGAGCUUAAGCAGCUCUAGUGAUUGUGAUAAUUCUGAUCAGCUCAGGAGAGGCCCAUGGACGCUCGAAGAAGACAAUCUUCUCAUUCAUUACAUUGCUUGUCAUGGUGAAGGUCGUUGGAAUUUGCUUGCAAAACGUGCAGGAUUGAGAAGAACAGGCAAGAGUUGCAGACUCAGAUGGCUGAAUUAUCUGAAACCAGAUGUUAAGCGUGGAAAUCUUUCUCCUCAAGAACAGCUCUUGAUUCUUGAUCUCCAUUCUAAGUGGGGUAACAGGUGGUCGAAAAUUGCGCAGCAUUUACCAGGAAGAACAGACAAUGAGAUCAAGAACUAUUGGAGAACUCGAGUGCAAAAACAAGCAAGGCAUCUGAAAGUAGAUGCCAAUAGCACAGCUUUUCAAGAUAUAAUCAAACGGUUCUGGAUACCAAGAUUGCUUCAGAAAAUAGAAGGAUCAACUACUUCAUCAUCAUCAUCAUCAUCAUCUACAAUCUUAUCUGAGAACCCAACAGUAGUUGCUCAUCAGCCUGUGAAUUAUGCUGCUCAAAAUUUUCAAUACCCAAUACCACCACCACCACCACAGGAAGUUCCCGGCAAUCAUCAGGGACGUCAUGACCAUAACUCAGACUCAGAGAAUGGUUCAAAUCCUUGCAUAUCUUCCACAGAAUCAAUAAACAUCUCACAAAUAUCUCAAGUAUCAGAAUACCCAGCUAGUCUUUUUCAUGGGAUGGGCUCCUUUCCGAAAGAUAGCUACUAUGUUGAUAACAUGGAAGCCAUGAGCCUGGCAAGUCUGUCAGUUCCUGCAGGAGUGGUUCAGAACUUGGGAGAAAGCAAUUGGGGUGGCUAUGAUUUUGGAGAUAUGUGGAGCAUGGAUGAACUUAUGGCAAUUUAGGAGUUCACAGAAAAUUGGGAGAUUUUAGGAUCUUUUUUUUUCUUUUAAAAAAAAUUUGGGAUGAUCCAACAAAAUUACUCAGUGGUUAAGUAUCUGAAGUUGUUAAUUUAGGGUUAAUUUUGUGUUUGUGUGACAAGCAAUUGUUCAUAUUUCUACCCAGAAAUAUACAGUAACUGUGAAUUGCAGGUUUCAAUAUAA